AUUUGAAAUACAAAAUUCCUUGCUUUACGCACUCUCUCUCUUUCUUCUCAUUCCAUAUAUGUAUGUGACUUGCUUUGUUUCUUUUCUAUAUAUAAAAGUCUUAUUAGAGGAAUUGUUGGAUUGAAGGAAGGGAGAAUGGCGAAUAUAGGGAUAAUGGAUAGUGCGUAUUUUGUAGGGAGGAAUGAAUUGUUGUCUUGGAUCAAUGCCAGGUUGCACCUUAAUCUCACUCGCAUUGAAGAGGCUGCAUCUGGGGCUGUGCAGUGUCAAAUGAUGGACAUGACCUAUCCUGGAGCUGUUCCAAUGCAUAAGGUCAACUUUGAUGCAAAGACUGAAUAUGACAUGAUCCAGAACUACAAAGUGCUGCAAGAUGUUUUCAACAAGCUCAAAAUUGACAAGCAUAUUGAAGUUAACAGGCUUGUUAAGGGCCGUCCUUUGGAUAACUUGGAGUUUCUGCAAUGGCUGAAACGUUACUGUGAGUCUGUAAAUGGUGGCAUUAUGAAUGAGAAUUAUAAUGCUCUGGAUCGCAGAAGCAAGGUUGGGAAGGAACGAAAUGUGAAGGGCUCUCAGAGAUAUGCAAAGUCACUGCAAACAAACAACUGUCAUAACCCUGGAUUAGGGGAAGGCAUUACUAGGAUUACAGGAAUAAAACAAGGAAGAUCAAGUCCAGUAAUGGGUGUGGUUAAUUCUUCAGCAGAGAUUCAAGCUUUGUCAAAGGAGGUUACUGAUCUCAAGCUCUCUGUUGACCACUUGGAAAAAGAAAGAGAUUUUUAUUUUGCAAAGUUACGAGAUAUUGAGAUACUCUGUCAGACUCCAGAAUUAGAUAAUGUCCCGAUGGCUGUGGCAGUGAAAAAGAUAUUAUAUGCUGCUGAUGCAAGAGAAUCAGCAUUGGCAGAAGCUCAAGAAUUUCCAAGUGAAUCUGUGGAUGGUAGUGAGGGCUGAAGUGGAAGAUAAGUAAGAAUUGCUUGCAGUAGUUUCUUAAAUGUAGUGGGUUGCCAUCGUUUGGUGAAAAGUUGCCAGACUUCUGCUUUAUACAUCCAAUGUUUUUUUUUGGUGCCAUAUGAACAAUCUGUCUCUAGUGUUUAGUUGAUGGAGAUAUCUCAAGUGAAGAGAAAUUUGUAUUUGGAUGGUCUAGUGACCAUAAUUAGUCAUCUUUAAUUGAAAGAGUACCAUGCAAAGUACAUAUCUUCCACAAAAUAAAUAAUUAAAUAAACAGUCA